AGUGAUGUCAGCGAGCCACUUCCCCAAACCUGACGCCCCCCUCGCGCUCGCUGCUCGGCUCAUAGGAGUGAAGCCAAACAAACGCCAACAUGUCAGAAAAAAAGAUGUCGUCGAGUCGGAAGCAUCACCUGAAGAGUCUGAUGCUGUCCAUCGCCAAAGGCCUGCUGGAUGAGGAGGUGAAGGAGCAGGAGGUAGAGAGGAGGAGGUACAUGGAGGAGACGUGCCCGCCCCUCCACAUGCCCCGCAGCAUGCAGGAGCUGCAGGAGCUGUGCAGAGAAAUCCACCACAAGAUCGACGUGAUCGAUGAGGAGCGAUACGACCUGGAGACCAAAGUCAGCAAAUGCAACAAAGAGAUCGACGACCUGACCAUCAAAGUUCAGGACCUGAAAGGAAAGUUCAAGAAGCCCGUCCUGAGGAAGGUGCGCAUGUCGGCCGACGCCAUGCUGAAGGCCCUGCUGGGCUCCAAGCACACGGUCAACCUGGACCUGAGGGCCAACCUGAAGCAGGUCAAGAAGGAGGUGAAGGAGGAGGAUAAGGACCUGCGAGACGUCGGCGACUGGCGCAAGAACAUCGAGGACAAAGCCGGCAUGGACGGCAGGAAGAAGAUGUUCGAGGCUGAGGCCUAAAGCGGCUCGCUGCCGGCCAGCUGUGUGUCCAGCUGUGCGUCCAGCUGUGCGUCCAGCUGUGCGUCCAGCUGUGCGUCCAGCUGUGGACAGAACAGACUCUGCCGUCCCUCGGCUCAGUUUCACCGCUGCUCUGAGUGUGUUCCUGAAAAACGAACGUGUACGCCACAGAAACUCUGACACAAUAAA